ACUGCUUUUGGUCCCAACACUCCUGUGCACCAUUGUGCAGACUCUUUUCUUGCUGAAAGAAAAUGGCCACAGAUGAAUACUUCAUGGACAGUAAUGCAAACAGCACGCAUGCAGCAGCCUUUCAGACGGAAAUGAGGCAAUCAACAAGCCCUCCUUUUGAUUAUGAUUAUGAUUAUGACAAUGAUGACUGCAACCAAGAGAGUGUGAUUAAUUUUGGAAGCACUUUGACCAUCUUUUUUUUCUCUUUUGUGAUAUUAUUCAGUCUGUUUGGAAACAUCCUUGUUCUUGUGAUUCUGUUCAUGUACGAGAAUGUCAAAGCAAUCACCAAUACGUUGAUCCUGAACCUGGCUGUGUCGGAUCUCUUAUUCACUUUAGGGCUGCCCUUCUGGGCUUACUACCACAUGCAUGGAUGGACAUUAGGGGAGCCUGCAUGCCAAGUCAUCAACUUUAUUUUCUUUGUUGGCUUCUACAGCAGUGGUUUCUUCCUCAUCUUGAUGACGAUUCACAGAUAUAUAGCUGUCAUGAAUCCUCUGUCUAGCCUUGUAUCCACUACAGGCCCAUCUGGGAUUUUAACUACUGUCUUUAUUUGGGUUGUCAGUAUCCUGGCAGCCAGUCCCGUCUUCAUCUUCAUCAAAGUCAUCAAAGACAAUAAAGCCAAGGAUUAUUGUGGAUAUGGGACCUCUUUUGCAACAAAGUUGGGAAUCUAUGAACAAAAUGUUCUCUUUGUCUUAACAGCCUUGGUGUUUGUUUUUUGCUAUUCUCAGAUUGUGUGCAGGUUGCUGCGUCCAACUGCGCAAAGAAGAAGAAACAAAACUGUCAAACUCAUUUUCAUUCUCAUGGUUGUCUUCUUUUUGGGGUGGGGACCUUAUAAUAUUAUCAUUUUUCUGAAGUCGUUCUCUUUGGGGUCCCCAGAAACCACUAAUUCAAAAAGAUCAUCAGAACUAUGUGAAAAACACAAAACCCUGGAAUACGCCUUCUACAUCAGCCGUCUCUUUGCCUUUUCUCACUGCUGCCUCAACCCUGUGUUUUACGUGUUUGCAGGAGUUAAAUACAAAACCCAUUUAAAGAAACUGCUGCAGAACUGGGGCCACAACAACAGCAGCAUCUCCAAUAGAGAGAGCAGAGUCACAAUCACAUCUGUAACUAGCAGCAACGAAUCCGCCAUCUAGCUGUCAGAAAAUGCCAACUUAUGGGUUCCUAAUUUGAAAGCAUUUAUUUUUUUAUAACUUCCAUCAAAUUUAGGUGACGUUUUCAUUUUGCAGCUCUUACAUGGGAGAAAUACAAGAUUUGUGUUUAGUUUCAAGCAUAGUGGAAGUUGUUUUGCCUCUAAGGUCUUCCAGUAGGUAGAAAAAAAACAUUUAAAUGUUUGGUCCCUAUUAUUUGGCAGGGUUUAAAACUUCAGGGCUUUUAUUGAAGACAUUUAAAGUGUGAAAAUUUAAAGCUGAAAAGGUCUCUCAUAUAACUUGUUAAAUGCAUUAAACAACAAAAAGUUAGAUAAUUGUAAUUAGUCUUUACUUCAGCAGAACUGUGACCAUGAAUCUCGAGAAUGGAAGAUAAAUAGCAUAAUAAAGAAAUUGCUAUUAACAUUGUUUUUAUGCUUUUGUUUCAUCAGACUUGCUUUGCUUGUAUUAAAUCCAGCUGUAAACCAUUUGAUGAUAUCCCUUAGACUGAUAGAAAGUUGUUGUAAUGUAAAUAGGCAAAGCAUACAGUAAUGUCACUGUAAAUUUCUUUGUUAAGUUUUUUCUUUCAUAUUAUAAUUUUACCAUAGAUUUAGCCCAGCUUCUUUUUGUUCAUUCAUUGUUCUAAGCUGGUUGCAAUAAUUGUUGAUGAUUACUUUUUAUGAUGUAAAUAGUUAUUGCUUGUCAUCUCAACUGUACACAUUGGAUGAAUAAAUAGGUCCCACUUUAUGUGCAAUGACGGAAACAAGGUAAAGAGACGAGAACGAAGCUGAUUUAGAAGAUUCUGCACACUUGCUGUAAGAUUCCUUUUUGACCUAUUUGUGUAUAAUCCCUUACUAUUGGGUUGCUGAUAUUUUGCUGAAGUCUUCAGAAUUAAAUGCAACUGUUUUCA